AUGGAUGACAUCUACACAAGCAGGGUUCGGACUAUGGAUGAACUUUAAGAAUCCCUCUAAAAAUUUGCUAUGCAAACCCCCAGGAAUUAGCGUAUUGAAGUACUUUAGCUAACGAAACAGAUCAGGUCUGAAAUGAGUCCUAAAAAGUCAGAUAAUUUUAUCAGAGUCACUAAAAGUUCGGAUUACGAUGAGGGGUCUCACUAGAAAAUGGUCAAAAGGCUGAUUUCAUCAAAGAAGUUCUUGCAUUCUUAGCCCGAAUAUAAAAAUAAUCAAGAGUCACCUAUAAAGAAAAUUGAAUAGAGCGACUCCAAAAAACUGUUCCUGUUGACAUCCCAAGAGGAUGAAAAGGAUAGGAAUAUGAAAGCCGCGAUAAAAUUUCUAAGAAAUCUAGGCUAAUAAAGGCGAUAGUGGAUGUAAUACCAAGAUUAAAUGGACGAAAUUUCCUCCCCAAGUCCUUAAACGACAGGUUUUAAUAAUGACUAAAGGUUAAGCUAUAAAACUGCAAGAAAUAGAAAAUCUAAUGCUGAUCUAUCUUUGCUUGACUUUCAAAAUUUAAAAACAAAAAUAGAUCUAAAUGAUGAAGAGAGAGACUAUAUUGACCUAACUAAAGAGUAUAGAUAGUAUGAUGAGAAAAAGUUCGAAGCGUUUCAGAAGAAAUACAAAGAUCAGCGACGAAGUUCAGCGAGAGUCACUUCUCUGCCUCCUUUUGAUAUUAAUUAAUUAAUCGGAAAUAUCACUAACAACCAACAGAAUAAUAUUUAAUUAGAAAUUAUUACUAAUCAAGCAAAUAACGUAGGCUUACCUCCUCUUCACCCUGAAAACAAAAAAAUAGGUUCAUUAACAAAGCUUCAUCUAAUUGUAGAAAGCCAUAAAGAUGACGAAAUCGAUUAAUUAAAUACAAUGUUCUAACAAGAAAAAAUGGAACUAGGAGUUCCAAGAUCUCAGACUGCUAAAAAUCAAUCUAAAGUUCAUAUUCAAUUGCCACACUAGAAGUCAAUUAAUGUUUUUAGUGCCAGAAAUGACCUGUAGAUAGAUCAGAUAAGUAGCGAUAGUCAGGAUGAAUCAAGUUUUGGGGAUUCAGACGAUAAAACAUCAUCAUAAAAUUCAAUACCUGUGAAGUAAAUUAAAAUGAGAGAUCCUAGAAUGAGAUCAUUCUAAAUUAAUAACACUAAAACUCUAGCCUCCCUUUACAAUCAAUCAAUCAGUAAAAACUCAUUUGUAAAGUCUAGAUACUCUAGAUAUAUUCCUAGCAAAGUAUCAGUAAAAGAUUUUAAAAAUCCGCAACACUUAAAAACUUUGAGGGAAAAUCUGAGGCAGUUAAGUAUUUCUGUUGAGGAUGGAAGUAUUUAAGGAUAGAACAGUGAUGAACCUAAAUCUGCGUAGGCUAGACUGCAAAAAAUCUAAAACCAAAACAAGGAUAUCUUUGAAGGCCAUCUAAUACCUUAUUCUAUUAACCAACUACUAACUGAGAACAAAAAACUGUUCGGCAAGAUCUCAUAGACCACUAAGAAUUAAACAUAAAGAUUUAAGAGUCUGAGAGAAGAUUCUCUCAAGAAAAUUGUAAAAACGAUAAACCUAUUAUCUAUUGAUGUCGAAAAAAGAAGCGAAGAAAUGUCUCAACAGAUGUUAACAGGAUCAAACAUGGACAAUAAUUCGUAUAGUUUCGAGAGGUUUUAGGAAGACCACUCAAACUUUAGAAAGCAAAGCAAGUGCACCUCAGAAUAGUACUAGAUUACCCAGAGACUUAUUGAUGCUUAAUUCAAUAGUCAGGAGUCAAGUAUCAGCCCACCUAAUAGCAAUGAUCGCAAUAGCGUUGGCAAUAAAUCCUACCCUAACCGCAAAAAUACUGUCAAUAAUACCUCCAAUCUAAACAAUAUUGAAAAAUUCACCAUCAUUCUAUAGCAAACAGAUUGUAAUUAUUAAGAGGACUAAUGA